AUGCCACAGUAUGAAAUCAGCGGCGGCGGCGGCGGCGGUAGCGGCCACGGUAAAUCGAUCAGCGAAUCGAUAGAUGGCCACCUUGGUGGCCGUGAUGGUAAAGGUCUGGGCGAGAUGCCCCCAUUGUGGUUACGUGUUCUCUGGCGAAGUGACUUUGAGACGGACGACCACGAAGACGAGGACAACGAAGAAGGCAGUUAA